AAAUUGAGCGUAAGUCGUGGUAUGGCAGUCGAGGUUCACGAUCCGUUGAAUCACGAUUGAUUCGCUUUGUAGGUAAGUUCCCAAGGGCCCGAUAACAACCGCAGUUCUGUUAGUGACAGCUAUGCAGGCAGCUGGGGAGGUAGCUAACUAACUAGACAGACAACGAUAGGAACAAGUAACAAUAAAUCUGCUCGUGGUCUCGCGUGUCGAAGGGUUGCUAGGAUUUGGCUCGGUUCAGCGCGGCGUGGCGCGCUGUGUCGCAUGUUACGGUGUUGGAGGGGUGGAUGGAAGGAAGUGACGUUGUGGGGGGGUAGCCUGGUGGGCGAAGCCGCGAGGGCGCGGGCGCCAGGGCAGCGGAGCUAGUGUGCCGCAGAGCGCAGAUCGCGACCGACGCGGUUCCGCACGCCUCUUCUGCGUCACCGGUGUUGUUUCUAUCUUCAUCUCUUUCUCUCUCUCUCUCUCUCUCUCUCUCUCUCUCUCUCUCUCUUUCUCUCUCUCUCUCUCUCGCUCUCUGUUUCUUUCUCACUCUUUCUCUUUAAUACUCAUCCAAUUUUCCCUUUCUCUCUGUUAUCCCUUACACGUGUUAGAUCGGUCUAACGCGAGCAAUCUUCUGUUUUGCGAUUUUUUUUUUGCUCGCGAGAAGCUCAAUAACUUUGCUAGUUUCAUCCCGGCGAAAUAGCGCUGAGCGAGAAAGAAACAACAAUAGCAUAUGGUGAAGCGCAGCCGAGGGUGGAAGGCGCGCGGGAUACGCCGUAAACAGCCGGUAGCGUAGCAAACUCGAACCGCGACCUCUCGCGAGCGUUUUCCAUCUGGCGCUGACGAAACACCCUUUUCCUCUCUUCUCUUCUCUUCUCUUCUCUUCUCUUCUCUUCUCUUCUCUUCUCUUCUCUUCUCUUUUCUUCUCUUUUCUUCUCUUUUCUUUUUCACCACGUUCGUGUAAUUGUGUGUGCGUAAUCGUGCAUAUGUGUGUAUAUCCAACUCUACUGCAUAUUAGUGUGCGCAACGUCGUCCCUAUUUUUUUGUGAUCGAACUACGCGGUCGAUUGACGUCUCGCAUUCGAAACGUUCGACCGGACAUUGGAGCGAGCGAUCGAAAAGUGCAUUAGAGUCCCGGGAACAAUUGUCCUCCGAAGAGAUACGAAAACCACUUCCCUACGCACCUACAUCUACUUUUCUUUCUUUCUCCCUCUUCCUUUCUCUCUCUCUCUCUCUCUCUCUCUCUCUCUCUCUCUCUCUCUUUCUCUCUCUUUCUGGUUAAAUAUCGAGCGAUGACUACGACCAGAGGAGAAAAAUCGAUGGUUACCUCUUCCUAUCUCAAUCGAUGGAUCUCGAAGAUAAACAUUAUCAACGAUUCGACGUAGCCGCGUAAUAUGCGAAGCAUUGGUUCGUCGCGAAGAAACUCGAUAGCCUUCGACGUUGGAUCUUCGUCGAGAGGCAACUUGAGAGGAAAGAAAAAAGGCGCGAACGUGAUAAUGUAGUAGUAGAGUAAUAGUAAUCUGGCCGAGGUAGCCGUGUUGAAGGUCGAAACGGCGAGGAAAAGCGAAGAAUUGAUGCGAUGUGAAGAUCGUCAUGAACCCCCCUGCGACCAGGGACCCGUUUGGCUCCAGGUCGCCGGGAUGCUGUUAUCAUUCGUGGAACCCUCAAGUUUAUCCACCAUGUGCGAUAUGCCAAAGGCCGUUGUUACCGUGUCCCCUGCGACGUUCCGUACCUCUUGUCCAUCCGACAUCCUAUCAGGAAACGGAUCUACGAGGACAACAGGAACAUCAACCCAUUCGUCAGCGUUCCGUCGAGACGCCAUCACCAAGACGUCACGAAAUCCUCGACAGGCGACCAGCCUCGAAUCCUCACUAUCAUACCCAUCCACCACCUAGUUAUGUGCUCAACCGAUCCGCUAGUGCGACUCGUCUCGGAUCACCUGGUGCAUCUCUCGGUCAACGUUCACCUGGAUCUCGUAGAUCAAAACCUCCUGGACUUGAUCCUCCUCAUCGAUGGAUCGGAGAGGAGACCAAGAGAUCCUUACCGCAACACGUCUACAAGUAUUAUCUCGCACAGACCAAGGAAUAUCGCCGGCAAAAUCUCAAGUUCGGUGGCGCUACUACAAACUGCCGUUAACGAGACACAGAUGGCAGGUCCAACUGUAUCCUGCUAUCCCGAUACAGAAGUUACUUCUUCCUUCUUAAAUAUCUUCGCCAUUUUCUCGUUUUGUUUUUAUUCGAAACAAAACGUAACUCCAGUCGACUGUACCAUGUCAAAAGAACUGAAUCAACGCGAAAGGCGCAACAUGUAUUUAUCUUUUUACAAGAGCAUCACUGAAAGAAAAAAGCUUUCAUCAGUCAUUCCUUUUUUAGUAUAAACACAAUGUCGAACAAAUAUUCCACACGUUUCCUUUAAUUUUUCGAGAAUUGUAUAUUCACUUUUAAUUUAUUAAUAUGCAUUUCCUCGUAGGAAAUAAUUUAUGUCAGAAUCAAUAAGAUAAAUAAUUUUAUUUCGAAUGAUAAAAUGAAUAGUUUUGAAUUAAGUUAAACGAUCUAUAUGAAAAUGAAAACAGAAAUGAAAAUAGAGAAAAGAAGAUAAAUAAAAAAAAAAAAAAAUUCCAGAAAAUAAAGGUUCUAUUCAUUACUAUCGAUGUAUCAACGUUUUAUAGCACAUAAAUUACUGUAUCACGUAGGAAGAAGAAAUCGAUAAAGUCCAAUUUUUUCUUUUUUUCAUAUAACACAAUAUUCAUAUAUCGGAUUCCUGGGUGUAGACACCGAAUGAGGGAAUGGGAAAACAUAUUGUUUACAAUAGCUAUAUAUAUAUAUUAUAUAUAUAUAUAUAUUUCAUUAGAAAGAACCACGCAAGCAACAUGGAUGUUUAAGUGUUAAUAACAAAUUAGAAGUCGAUUUUAAUAGGGCAAAAAGGGUGUAGCUUCCACUAUGCGCAACGUGUGAUGAGGAGCUUAUAUAUAGCCAUCGAGGAUGCCGGUAUAAUAACGCAUCCGAGGUUGCUUCGCGUAACGAAUAUCAAAUGACAUAUAGUACUUUGCCUGAAUAUCAAAUAGCUGUUAAGGCCACACUAACGAAGAGACCUCGACCAUGGCUUUUUCACUACUAUUUUCUACUUCCUCUACUCGUACUUAUACCGGACUAUGAGAAAAAUGGGAACUCGGCCAUGCCGGCCUGCAUCGCAUCCGGCAAAGCCAAGCAAGAAAAGAAAUGCUUCCUUCGGAAGAUAAAUACAUAUACAUACAUGCAGAUAUAUAUAUAUAUAUGUGUGUGUGUGUAUGUAUAUCUGCAUUGGUUCUUCUUUGUCUUUACAAACUGGUCGUACUUAUUUUCACCGUUAAAUUUGCUUUUAAAAUUGAAAAAGAAAUUUCCGAAGCUCCCUGGUAAUUACCGCUAUUAAAAUUAUAGUAUCGAGUUUUCCGUAGCCAUACUUCUUGCUCCACUUAUUAGUCGUGAUAACUUUGUAAAUUAUUGAUACACUUUUGAAGAAAAUAAGAAAGCUUCAUUUUCAACUAAAGGCAUUACUUUAUUAAAAUGAAUAUAAAUAUUAUAUUGUUCUGAUUGUCAUAAAGACUUUGAAAUAAUUUAAAGUAUUUUAAGAAAUAUUCGAUCAUCUUUGAAAUUGUUUUUAUAAAUGUUAUAUAAUAAUGCUGUCUGUAACGAUAUCGUAGAAAGCGUAAUCUUCGGUUCGCUGAGAGGUAUAAACAUUGACCCUUUGCUUAUCGAUUCCAAACGCAAGGCAUUCACAAUGACAAUGGCUCCAAUUGUUGACUCUUCGGUUACCACGGUGAAUUUAACGUCCGUUUGUUUACAAUAUUGAUUUCUAUGUAUGCGCCAGUGUCGAUAUUGCCCUGCGUUUUUCGAAUGGCAACGUCAAUGAACUUUAUUGAUUUAAAAGAUGAGAAUUGCAUCGAGCGCUUUUCGAUAAUUGAUCAUAUAAAGAGUGAUUAAAAUUUUUCUCGAA